CACGCGAGACUUGGGUAAGGCAGCGGGGCGGGAAGGGAGUCGGAGACGCACCAGACAUGGCGGCGGCGGUGGCGGCGACGAAGACAGUGGCGGCGACGGCGACGGCAGCGGCGUUGAAGAAGUCGGUAGAGAUUAUUCGGUGCAGUUGUCAGGUGACCUCUGUAUGGCUUUUCAAUUUUAGUUGAAAUUCCCUCCAUGGCCUUUUGGAGUCCCUUGGUGUGUCUCCAGAGUAAAUUUCACUUACUCUACAUUUCAUCCAUGUUGGAGUGGCAAGAAAAAGGAGGAACUGAUUUGGGGUGACAAGAUUGAAGAAGAAAAAUCAGAGGACUUCAUACAAAUAAAUCCUUGAGCAGAAGCUGAAGAAAAGUCAGAAUAGUUACAGUUAUCCGCUUAAAGUUUUUUCCCCCUUAGGUAUAACGAACUGAAAACUUAAAAAAAAAAAAAAGGCAAAGAUGGGUGAAAAGAAACCAGAGCCUUUGGACUUCGUGAAGGAUUUCCAGGAAUACCUGACUCAGCAGACCCAUCACGUGAACAUGAUUUCUGGAUCAGUUAGUGGGGACAAAGAAGCAGAGUCUCUUCAGGGAGCUGGAACAGAUGGUGAUCAAAAUGGACUCGAUCACCCAUCUGUCGAAGUUUCCCUGGAUGAAAACUCAGGAAUGUUAGUAGACGGGUUUGAAAGGACCUUCGAUGGGAAGCUCAAGUGUCGGUAUUGCAACUAUGCCAGCAAAGGAACAGCCCGGCUUAUUGAACAUAUUAGAAUCCACACAGGUGAGAAACCUCAUAGAUGUCACUUAUGUCCAUUUGCAUCUGCUUAUGAGCGUCAUCUGGAAGCCCAUAUGCGUUCCCACACAGGAGAAAAACCGUACAAAUGUGAAUUAUGUUCCUUCCGCUGCAGUGAUCGAAGUAACCUGUCCCAUCAUCGAAGGCGCAAGCAUAAAAUGGUACCGAUUAAAGGUACUAGGUCUUCUUUAGGCAGCAAGAAAAUGUGGGGUGUUUUACAGAAGAAAACAAGCAAUCUGGGCUAUAGCAGAAGAGCACUCAUCAACUUGAGUCCACCUUCUAUGGUGGUUCAGAAGCCAGACUACCUUAACGAUUUCACUCAUGAAAUCCCGAACAUCCAGACUGACUCCUAUGAAAGUAUGGCGAAAACCACAUCAACUGGUGGUGGCCUUCCAAGAGACCCCCAAGAACUCCUGGUUGAUAACCCUUUAAAUCAGCUCUCCACUCUGGCAGGACAGUUGUCCAGUUUGCCACCUGAAAACCAAAACCCCGCAUCCCCAGACGUAGUGCCGUGCGCUGACGAGAAGCCAUUCAUGCUGCAGCAGCCCCCUGCCCAGGCCGCAGUGUCCGCCGCGCCAGUGAGUGUCCCUCACAGCUCCUCCCCCACCAGCCCCGAACCUCGGCCGACCCACAGUCAGAGGAACUACAGCCCCGUGGCGGGUCCAAGCAGCGAACCGAGUGCCCACACGAGUACGCCUAGCAUAGGAAACAGCCAGCCAAGUACUCCGGCUCCGACCCUGCCGGUCCAGGACCCGCAGCUUCUGCACCACUGCCAGCACUGUGACAUGUACUUUGCCGACAACAUCCUUUACACCAUUCACAUGGGAUGUCAUGGGUAUGAAAAUCCUUUUCAGUGUAACAUAUGUGGAUGCAAAUGUAAAAACAAGUAUGAUUUUGCCUGUCAUUUUGCGAGAGGGCAGCAUAACCAGCACUGAUGGGAAACAAUCACAGGACGCUUCAUGUGGCUUUGCCUUUUGUGUUUCGUAGUUUUAUGUUUUUUUUGGGGGGGCGGUCCAUCCCUAAUAAGAUGUCUGCUAAUUUAAAGUUUAUACAUUAUAUUUAUAAAAAACAAAUUUGACAAUGGAAACAAAAUUUUUUCCUUUUUUUCGUAAAAUUCUAGUCAGGGUCACUUAGGUGUUAGAACAUUUGGACACACUGGUGUCUAUUUUUUCCUUUUAGUUAGACAUUUGAGAAUUGAAGUGCAAUCUUAAUCUUACAGGUAUUCAUUUCAAUUUCCCACAUUCAUAGUCCAUAAAAACGUCAAAGCUUAUCGAUAAUCUUGAUAUUUCAAUAUAUACACUGCAGCUAGAUUUUAUUUCUGCCAUAUCUCAAAAUAAAUUAUUUUCUCUUACAAAAUCUGUUACAAUUUAUUUCAUUGUUGAGUAGAGGGAUUGCCUUUAAAAUUGAUCUCAAUUGAAAAUACUGCUUCGUUCACAUGGUUUAAGUUGAAUUAGUAAAGCUAAAUUGAUAAUAGUAAAGCUAUUUCAGUGUAAGUAAACCUUACUCUUUUCCAUAAGGGGCACUGUAAAACAAUUAAUUGUUUUGAAAUUAAAGUUAUAAAAACAUGAGAUAAAACUUCUGAAAAGAAAUGAACUUAAGGCUUUACAUUAAAUGGAACUUAAUAUUUAAAAUACCUGUUUACUCGAUUUCUAGUUUAAACACGUCAAUUUUCCAUCAGAUUCUUUUCUAGAUUAUUUUAAAAACCACAGGUAAUACAUGAGAACGUGAGAAAUGUCAGAGGAUUAUCUAUGAAGAUGCCUUUUUUCCCUUUUGAAACUUUGAUUUAAAUCCUUCAUUCUGACGUUAUUAAUGUCAGGUGAGGUUGACUAAGAAUCUGUUAUUCCUCCUAUUCCUUUGAUGACCAAAGAGGUACAGUGGAAGUCAUCCAUCUUACUCCUAGGAAAUGCUCUCCUUAGGAAAAAAAAAAAUCUCUGAAGUUUUCUUUUCCUGCCUUAUAUCCAUUUAUUGUCCAUAAUUUCCCCCCAAAGGUGGGUAUAAAAACAUAUGGAAAAAUGUGAUGGCGAAGUAAUAUUUAAAAAACCGAGAACAUAUAUCCAAAAUGAAUUCCGGUCUCCUCUUCAGAAUUGGCCAUUUAAAAUAUUUUGUGUGAAUUCAUGUUGUAACACGUAUUUGCAGUUUUAUCAGUCUUUCCUGUACAGUGACAAAACUAUACGGAAACUGUGAUUAGUAGGAAAGGAUACAAAAAUGUGAAAAUAGAUAUAAAAUGCAUUUAAGCAUGAUAUUUAUUUACAAAAAUAAGACUUGCUAAAUCUAGAGUAAUUUUGAAUAGGAGGCUACUGUUUAUGUUUUGUGUCAUAACUAGGUUACUCUGAAGAGAGCUUGGUCAAACAAUAAAAUAUAUUAUUACUAACUGUUGGUUUCUGUGUACUUUGCAAAGAUUUUAAUUUUAAUUUGGUUCAAAGCUUGAGAGUGUUACUAAUUGGCUUCAUAAAAAAAUGUCCUAACUAUUAAGCAUUUAUUAACCAAAAAGGACCACUACUGUUACAAUAAAGAAGAGGGGAAAUACAGUGUAUGUCCACAUAAAUAAACCCUUAAGUGCCAAGUUCCUGGAUCUUCUGCCCUCCCAAAUGCUGGAAAGCCAUUAAAACGAGCUCUUGUGGUUUAAGAUCCAAUCUAAACUAAUCUCAAUUGCAUUGUUCAAAGAAGUAGCAUCUCAAAGAGUCUCUCCGAACAACCAUACCUCUCUUCCUUGUCAAAUCUGAGGCUUGUGCAUCUAAAAUUCUACAGUCCUGUUCUGCUCUGUUGCUUAAAUUGCUCACUGCUCAGAUCGGUUCUAGUGCAGCCAUUCCCAGAUGUAUAACUCGGCUGCAGUAUUUAUUUACUGCCAGAAACAGGCUGCUGUCAUUUGUAAGCUUUUGUGAUUACUUUUUCCCUCUCACUUCUAUUUUAUUCUUCAAAUAAAAGCAAUACCCAAAAUAGAACAUGAAAAAUUUCAUUCAAGAGGAAGAAUUCUUAAAACCAGUAGAUUAACUCUCUAUUCUGGGCCAAAUAGUGACAAAUAAAUACCUUUUUUUCCUGACAAAGAAAAAUAUUUUGAAGGUGCAUUUUAAACAUAGAAAAAAAUUUUUUCAUAAUUACAAACUAGAAUGAAUGAUACUAACUUUCCUAUGACUUAAAGAGCACAGUAGGUAUUCCAAAGGUGUCAAUGCUUGAAAGCUACAAUGCUAAAUGCACUAAAGGUUUGGAAGCAAAUCUACCUUAGAAACUUCUUUAGUAUUGUAUUUUUUAAGAGAUAUAAGAUUUUAUUUAAAUUUUCAGUGAGUUAAAUUCUGUAUUUGGAAAGAUGUUAGUAUCCUUCAUUAAGUACUAAAUGCAUUUGUCCCAUUUUACUUUUCAUCAACUAUUUUAUAGAAUGAGUUGUUGGGAAAAGUUUAACAUGCACUAUUUAUAGUACUUUGCUGUUAACAGGCAAUGUUCUGAAACUAAAUUUAUUUUUGUUCAGUGAACAUAAGUUUAGAUUUUUAAAGUUGGUAGAUGAUUUAUCUCCACUAAUAUUUUUUUAAGAAACUGUGAAGAGAUUAAUAGGGAAUAAUUUUAUUUCAGAUUUUACUAAUAUAGUAUAUAGCUACAACUUCUUGAAAUUCAAGUUGAAAUAAAAGGCUAGACUUUUACUUUAAAAAAAUUCCAUUGGAUAUUUUCCAGUGCUAUUUCAUUUUAGAAAUGUGUUUGCCAUUCAUCUGCAGAAUUGUUUAACAAAGGGAAUAUUACUAAAGAAAUGUUCAGAGAGAAACCUCAUUUUAAGUUCUACAAAAAUAUUUAUCAAAUGGAUGUAUUAUUUUUUAAAAAUUCCCUGCUAAGGACUUUUUCAUUCUAUAGUCUUAGAGGAUAUGUGAUUUCUAGAACUUGUUUUUGUCAAUAUGUACUUUGAUGUAAAGAACGUAUUUUGUAUGCCAAACUUAAAGCUCAAGUAUGGUUGCAAAACACUAUAUUGUUUAGGAGUUCCAGGGAGCCGUUUAAUGCUGAAAUAACCAUACCUAGUAUGUAGUUCACUUUGUGAAAGCUUUGCUUUUGUAAUAUAUAAAUAAAAAUAUAACACUUUCUAAUGAUCUCGAUUUUUCUUUUUGAAAACUAGGAUCCAAUUAGUUCUCUAGUUUUUUUCCAGCAAGUAAAAUAUUAAAAAAAAAAAAACUUAUGGUUUCAUGAGUUUGAAUUUGUAGAAUGCCUUGCCCAUGAGAAAAUCUAUCACAUAAGUGACAAAUAAAAACAGCUCCGUACACCUG